AGUUCCUUUGAGCCUUGUUUCAAGGGAGGCACUUCUUAGUAUAAAUUGAACCAUGUAGGGUAAACAUGUGGGUUCUAGGUUUUUGGAUUUCAUAGAAUUCCAGUGUGGCAAGGAACCCUUUCUGAUCCAUUAGCCCAGUCCUCUCUUACAGAUGAAGAGCUGAGGGCUGCCAAGGAAUUGCCACUUUGUUCAACCCACUGAGGUAACCAUUGAAUUCCAGCAUACCUAGAAAGUGGAGCAUUAAGACUGUCCUGUUUUUGGAUGAUCAGCAAACAACCACCAGAUAGGCAAUGGGGAAGAACAAAGGGAAAGGGCAGAAGAUCAAGAAUGUCUUUCAUAUUGCCAGCAAGAAUUUGAAAGCCAAGAAUAAAGCAAAACCAGUCACCACAAAUCUUAAGAAGAUAAACGUUGUGAAUGAAGAAAAAGCUAGAACUGUAAAUGCAGCAUUCAUAGAUAUCCAAAAAGAGCUUGCACACUUCUCAAAAAGGCUGUCACUUGAACCAUUGCCAAAGCACCUGAUUUCUCAGUGCUCUGAAGGGGAAACAAUUAGUGUGGAUGAUGCUACAAGAUUAAUGGCUCAGUUGUAAUAUGUAUUGGAAGUAUUUGGAUUCUAAAAAAUUGACAACAAAACUGGUGUUUGUACAAUUUUAUUUUUAAAAAAUUCUUUGUUAAUGUA